GCGAAGAACUUUUGUUGAAGCACUGAGCCUUGACCCCAUCCCAAAGAAAAGAACAGAACCAAGAAAAUCACUGCUUAUACUAUAUGAAAUCUGUAUCAAUCCAGAUUUCUUUCACUGAGAACUGGGUAAUUUGAAUAAAGUUGAAACCUUUUUUCAGACAAGUGGUGGAAGAUGUCUAAUGAGAGGAACGCUGCUUCCAAUCCUGCAUCUCCCCAAGAAGAUGCUAUGUUCCUUGAUAUACUUCACGAAGCUCCAUUAUUUGGUCACCGGAAACCAAGGAGUAUCGUUGGGGGUGUUUUUUACUGUUUCAUACUGGCAGGUUAUGCAAUAUUGGCUGCAGCAGCUCCUUGGAUAUUUCGGCCUAUUGGGAAUUUGAUGUUACCGCUGCUUUGUAGUUGCGAUGUUGUUCUUUUAGUAGUCACAGGCAUUUUUAAGCAAUACCAUGUUUAUCAAGUCCAGAAGAUACGUUUACAAGGUUAUUAUAGUUUCAGUCAGAAGUUGAAGCAUAUUGUUCGUCUACCAUUUGCCAUCACCGCUUAUGGAACUGCUGCAAUGAUGCUUGUCAUGGUCUGGCAACCCUACAUUAGUGUUCUUUCCACCUCAGCUAUACUCAGGAUUAUUAUGCUGGUUGAAGCAGUAUGUUCUUCUUUUGUUAUUUGUGUGUAUAUCGGUUAUGUACACCAGUACAAUUCAUUGGAUUCUCAGCCUGAUGUUUUGAAGUCAUUAUAUUCUCCCCUUCAACCACAAAGUCCUUUGGAAGAUUUGAGGUAUCAUGAUGGUGGUCGACUCUCUGACCAGCAAAUGGCUUUACUGCAGUAUCAGCGUGAAAACCUUCAUUUUCUGAGUGAGGAGGUUCUCCGAUUGCAAGAGUGCUUAAGCAAAUACGAAGGAUCUAAUGAUGGAAGCACACCUCAGGUCGAUCUUGCCCAUCUAUUAGCAGCUCGUGAUCAAGAAUUGCGAACAGUUUCAGCUGAGAUGAAUCAACUACAGUCCGAGCUAAGACUUGCUCGCUCUUUAAUGGCAGAGACGGAAGCAGAGGUUCAGCGUGUUCGAACAACCAACAAUCAGUAUGUCGAAGAGAACGAAAGGCUGAGAGCUAUUCUAGGAGAAUGGAGCACCCGAGCAGCAAAGCUUGAACGAGCCUUGGAGAUUGAGAGGAUGUCGAACCUUGAACUGCAAAAGAAGAUUUCGACACUUAGAAAUCCACCAUCUCAUACAUCAGGUGAAUCAAGUGAGCAGCGUGGAUCCUAAACUACUCAUUCCACGCCACUAUGUAUAGGCUGAUUGAUUCUGACUGGAAUCACUUUGGAGUGGAAUUAGUGCCUUUUUAUUCUCUCUCCCCUAUGCUGAAAUACUUGAGAGAUUUUUGGAUAAAAUUAUUGUAUUUGGACAAAUGGAUUGAGAUUAAAAAAAAUUGGGUUUUGGAUAUAACAUUA